AUGACAAUGAUCCCAGGUUUUUUCAAGGUUUUUCUGGCUGACACGACCGAUGACCGUUUGGAAAUCCCUCCAUCGUUCACGAGAAGGCUCGAUAAGCCCUUGCCAGAGGAAGUCCAUUUGAAGGACAAAAAGGGGAACGUAUGGACGGUGAUAACGGGCCGGGCCGGGCCCAAUUGGCUCUUCCUCGGUGGGUGGGCCCAUUUCCGGCUCGACAAUGCGCUUGAAAGUGGUGACAUGUUGUUUUUCGACUACCAAGGGCAGGGCAUGUUCAAAAUCCGCAUCCACGGGACAAAUGCAACCGAGAAGGAGGCACCGCGUAACCCUCGUUGGGCCCGCGUGUUGAAGAAUAAUAAUAAUAAGAAGAAAAAGAAGAAGCAUGGGCUCGAGCGAAUCGUGGUUUAUGAUUUAGUUUCCGAUUCCGAAACAGAGGAAGAAUAUGUUCGAACUGCCGCCGACAAUAGCAGAAAGCGGCCGAGGAACGAGGCUAAAAGGGACAGCGAGCAGAUGGGUCGUUCGGAGGUUGCAAAUGUUGGACUCGCCGUGAAGCCCAAGAAUCCCUACUUUAUCACCAAAAUAAUGCCAAGGCGGCCGCAUGACGUGGUAAGCGCAUUCUCGGUUGAACAGAAUUUCGGCUACUUUCACAUUGAGUUUAUUCCGAUGGAGGUGGUGAAGGACUACGAGCUCGACUUCUCGAACGAAAUCACACUCGUGGAUUCGAACAACCGAGAAUUCCGCGGAAAGGUCCGAAAAUGGGGGGACGGUCGAGUGGUGAUAUCGGGUGGGUGGAAAUGCCUGUGGCGGAUGAACUUGGCAAAGGAGGACGAUAAGGUCAUUUGCGAGUUUGUCUCCGGCGAAAAUGGUUGCCGGCUGAUGAUGAAGGUCAGCUUUGUCCGGGCAGCCGAGUUAAGGGCAGCUGGGCUUUGA